UCCUUUUCUCUCCGACUUUCCUCCGCCAUGGCUUCACGGAGGUUGCUCACUUCUCUCCUCCGAUCUUCUUUUCACCGAUCUCCAUCUAGAUCUCCGUUUACUCACUCCGGUAGGGCCGCACGCACUCGCUCACAGUCUCAUCCUUCACCUACUGGCUAUUUCCUCAACCGUGCAGUCAACUAUGCUACAUCUGCCGGCGCUGCUCAAWCUAAGGAACCUGCUCCUCCUCCUGUUAGAGGAUCUUACGAUGGAAAGAUAACCGAUGAGUUCACCGGAGCCGGUUCCAUCGGAGAGGUGUGUCAGGUUAUUGGUGCUGUCGUUGAUGUGAGGUUCAGUGAGGGAUUGCCGCCGAUCCUUACGGCCUUGGAGGUUUUGGAUAAUUCGAUCAGGUUGGUUUUGGAAGUUGCUCAGCAUUUAGGGGAGAAUGUAGUCAGGACAAUUGCUAUGGAUGGUACUGAAGGACUCGUGAGAGGUCAAAAAGUUCUCAAUACUGGUUCUCCUAUCACCGUGCCUGUUGGCAGAGCCACUCUUGGGCGUAUCAUUAAUGUUAUUGGAGAACCUAUUGAUGAGAGAGGCGAUAUCAAAACCGACCACUAUUUGCCCAUUCACAGAGAAGCCCCAGCUUUUGUUGAGCAGGCAACUGAGCAGCAGAUUCUUGUCACUGGAAUCAAGGUUGUCGAUCUUCUUGCACCGUAUCAAAGAGGAGGAAAGAUUGGUUUGUUUGGUGGUGCUGGUGUCGGUAAAACUGUGCUCAUUAUGGAACUUAUCAACAACGUUGCCAAGGCCCACGGUGGUUUCUCUGUCUUUGCUGGUGUUGGAGAACGUACCCGUGAGGGUAAUGAUUUGUACAGGGAAAUGAUGGAGAGUGGUGUCAUUAAGCUAGGUGACAAGCAGAGUGAGAGCAAGUGUGCUCUUGUGUACGGUCAAAUGAAUGAACCUCCAGGUGCUCGUGCUCGUGUUGGUCUCACUGGUUUGACUGUGGCUGAACACUUCAGAGAUGCUGAAGGACAAGAUGUGCUUCUAUUUAUUGACAACAUUUUCCGUUUUACUCAGGCUAACUCUGAGGUGUCUGCUCUGCUUGGUCGUAUUCCAUCUGCYGUCGGUUAUCAACCAACUCUGGCUACGGAUCUUGGAGGUCUWCAAGAACGUAUCACAACMACCAAGAAGGGUUCRAUUACAUCCGUCCAAGCUAUUUAUGUGCCUGCUGACGAUUUGACAGAUCCUGCUCCUGCCACAACCUUUGCUCACUUGGAUGCCACAACUGUGUUAUCUAGACAAAUCUCUGAGCUUGGAAUUUAUCCUGCUGUCGAUCCACUUGAUUCUACAUCUCGUAUGCUCUCACCCCAUAUUUUGGGAGAAGAUCAUUACAACACAGCCCGUGGYGUACAAAAAGUUCUUCAGAACUACAAGAAUCUUCAAGAUAUUAUUGCCAUUCUUGGAAUGGAUGAGCUUAGUGAAGAUGACAAGUUGACUGUUGCACGUGCUCGCAAAAUUCAGAGGUUUUUGAGUCAGCCCUUCCAYGUGGCUGAGGUUUUCACUGGUGCCCCUGGUAAAUAUGUGGAGUUGAAGGAAAGCAUUGGUAGUUUCCAGGGAGUGUUGGAUGGGAAAUACGAUGAUUUAUCAGAACAAUCAUUCUACAUGGUUGGUGGAAUUGACGAGGUCAUUGCCAAGGCCGAGAAGAUCGCCAAGGAUUCUGCUGCUUAGACAACACCAACGUUCUUUCUCUCCGACCCCUCUUUCUCGUUAUAUUUUGGAAAAGAAUAUGAAUAAUUUGUUGAUUUUUGUAUUUCCAGAGACCUGAUAUGUACCGUGAUUUUGAGUUCUGUUUUGGUGAUAGAGAUGUGGAGACACAAGGCUUAACCUCCCAACACAAGGACCUCUCCUUCCCUUUUGUUUUAUGGUCAGGUAAUAACGGGGAUGAACGUUCAAAUUGUAUAUUUAUUCUGCUAAUGCUAUUUUCCUGCACUUUUGGAUGUCUUCUA